AUGGGCGCCGCCAUCUUGUUCUCCGAAGGAGGCCGGUGGCCGCCGCCAUCUUGGAGCGAGAACGAGGCCGGCCGGAGGGACGGCCGCGCGCGGGAGCCGUUGCCGGGCCGGGCCAGGCUGGCGCCCCCCGGCGAUGACGCGGCCCCCGCGGCCGGGCCCCCCCCCGCCCCGCUCCGGCCCGGGGCCCCGCCCCCCCGUGCGCUGCCCGCCCUGGACCUGUCGCUCAGCCCCGCGCGCGCCGGGGGCGGGAUCCUGCGGCGGCGGCGGCGCGCGGCGGGGGGGCGCGAGGGGAGCCGCCAGGUCCGUUUCCUGCUGGGCUCUGCCCCGGACGACGCGCCCCCCAGCCCGGAGCCCCCGGCCCCCCGCCCCGCCCCUGGCCCCGGCCUGGCGGAGGCGACGACGGGGCUCGGGGGGGCUGCGGGGGACCUGGCCGCCCCCGAGCUGCACACCAGCCUGGCCCUGGGCGAGGAGGUUCGGGCGGCCGCCCACCAGGGCUUCGACGCCCACCGGGCCGCCCAGGAGCUGCUGGGCACGUCCUUCCUCGCCCGCUGCAGCGUGGAGGCCAAGGCGGCCGCAGGUAUGAACAUCCCGCGGGAGCAGCAGCUGUACCAGGGGCUCGUGAGCCUGCAGGUGCCUGCAGAGGAGGUGCUGAGCUGCGCCCUGCAGGAGAAACUGUCACUUGUCCGAUCGCAGCCUGAACCCCACAGGGAGCCCGCCCCCGAAGGCCCGGACCUGCUGAUGUUCUACGAGCCCCGGGAGCUGUUCGCGGAGACCCCGUACUUGGGCGUGGAGGGGCUGCCCCCCCUGCGGCUCCAGCCCCACGUCCGACCCCCGGCCUCCACCUUCCUCAUGUUCCGCAAGCUCCAGCAGUGGGAGGCCUAGCGGGGCUGGGACGCGGCGGCUGCCCCCCAAAGAGACUGGUUCCGUGGGGGGGGGGGUCUCGCCCCCCCCCCCCAUCUUACCCCUGUGGUUCUCACCCUUUGUACCUGCCCCACAAUAAACCCCCCUCUGGACUCGGCUCUGGUGCCUGAAGAUUGGG